AUGGCAGCAUCAUCAAGCAAUGAUCGAUUGGAUGAUGCAUAUGAUGAUGCAUUAGAUGAUGCUUUUGAUGAUGCAUUUGAUCGAAAGUUUGAUGCGAAAUUCGAGUCUAUUAAUCAGCAUGCAGAAAAAAGAAAAAAAAAGAAAGCAUAUAUCGAAAGAGAGCGGGAACAAGGCCACUUUCGGUUAUGGAACGAUUAUUUUAGUGAUGAUGCUACUUACCCGCCAGAUACAUUCAAACGGCGUUUUAGAAUGAACAAAGAUUUGUUCAUGCGUAUAGUUGACCGCCUCUCCAAUGAAGUUCUGUACUUCAAGCAAAGAAGAAAUGCCAUCGGAAGAUUAGGUCUAUCUCCUCUCCAAAAAUGUACUGCGGCAAUCCGUAUGAUGGCAUAUGGUACCACAGCUGAUGCAGUUGACGAGUAUCUACGGUUCGGUGCUAGUACGACAUUGUUAUGUUUGGAAAAUUUCACCGAGGUGGAGAGGAUCGGGGCUUUCCCGGGAUGA